AUGGCAGCCCUCGCCAGGGAGGUGCUAGGUUUCAUCGAGGCGUCGAGACCAGGUGUUAAAUUCGACAUUACGGAAACUCCAUCUGGCAAAGUCACUCAGGCUGGCAACCACCAACCACUGAGCCUUUCCGCGCUGGAGGCAUGUCUAGAGUCAGAUGCCGUUGUGGUGUGCGGGGCGGGAGAGGAGCUUGUCAGAGGAACCUUGGACUCCCUUGAAGAGGUCGGUGCUUUUGCAAACAUCCAACCUUUCUUCUUUCCAAGCAUUGGACUUGUUUCAACGGGAUUGCCGAGAAACGGUGUCCAAGGUCUAGCUAUCACCUUGGUCAGUGACGCUACCAAUACUGGAAAUGAGGCUUCCCGUGAGACCAUCGAACGGCUGGCGCGUUGGGCAGGGGCCUACGCAUUGCAAUUUUCUCCACCAAAGCCUGUGCACAACAUUGAGUCUUUUCCACUUUGGAAUUCUGUUGUUACUGAAGUGUUCAGCAAACAAUUUCCACGUGUCGCGCUCCACCAUGUGCCGAUAAACACGGCAGAAACAGCCCUAGAUUCACACCCAACCAGAUUAAACGGCAUCAUCUUGACAACUAGUCCUAAUGGGAGCAUGGUGUCAGAAAAGGCAGGGAAGCUCAUCCAAGGCUCACAGCACCUGCUGGCGUCAGCGACCAUUGUGGAAUUAUCAAACCAGACCGACAGAACGCACUCUGUGAUCUUGAGACCGGGUAGAACUAGUGCGAAUGAGGCAGCUUCGGAUCCAGUUCCAAUUUUACAGGUCAUAAGCCUGAUGCUUGACCUGUCGUUUGGUCUAACUGCGGAGUCUGUGGCAAUCCUUAGGUCAAUUCGGCGCACAUUGGAUCCAAUUGAACUCAUCGGUUCCAAUGUCCGGACGCCCAGUACUGGUGGUACUGCCUCUUCGAAGGAAUUCAUGGGCGAAUUUAUAACGCAUUUGGACUAUUACUUGGAGGCUGCUGCGGGCUCACAUGCUGGUUCUCAGGAAGUACCGACAACCUCGCCAUCCCCUCGUCCAAUGCACCAAAGGCGUCCAAUGGGUAUAAUUGAAAAGAUCCUGACCCAUGCCGCUGUUGGACUAAGCAAACCAGAGGUCCAACCCGGCGAGAUCAUCUGUGUGAAAGUUGACUGGACGUUGACUUCCGAGAUUCUCUGGGCAGGAAUGGACAAGACAUAUGAGCAAAUGGGAAGACCGCGUUUGCAUCGCAAUGACCGUAUGUGGCUCGCGAUCGAUCAUACUGUUGACCCACGCACGAAUCAUCGACCCCGACAGCGAUGCUUGAUCGAGAAAGCAGUAAGCUUCCAACGUGAAGCCAAGCUCGUCAACUUUCUCCCUGCCAAUACAAGUAUUCUUCAUACUGACUUUACCCGUGACCGAGCACUGCCUGGUCAGAUUAUUGUGGGCUGCGACUCUCAUUCCUGCUCUGCUGGUUGCGUGGGAGGACUGGCUGUUGGCCUCGGAGCUGCAGAUGUCGUCAUGCCGAUGGUAACGGGAGAGACGUGGUUUCGUGUGCCGGAAAUCUGCCGUAUCAAUUUCAUCGGUGAAUUGCCUUUUGGGGUGGGUGGCAAGGAUGUGAUUCUUCACAUACUUGGCCUUUUCAAACGAAACACGAUAGCCUUCCAACGCGCGGUUGAAUACGGCGGUCCGAGUUUGAAGGAGCUAUCCAUGGAUGCUAGGUUCGCCAUUGCAAACAUGACGACUGAAUUCGGCGGGAUGGGGGCGUGUUUCGAAGCUGAUGAGAGCACUGCCGAAUGGAUUUCGAACAGGCCGCAUCUGGAACAUCAAGGGGGCCUCUAUUUCCGAGCCGAUUCGGAUGCUCAGUAUGCUGAGGUGCGCACCGUCAAUCUCUCGGAGGUUGAACCGACCAUCGCUUUGUAUCCUGAGCCGGAUAAUGUUGUGCCCGUAUCAGAGAAAGUUGACACCAAGCUGGAUGGAUGUUUCAUCGGAGCCUGUACCACGACCGAAGAGGAUCUAAUUGUGGGAGGACUGGUUCUAGAAGCUGGCCUGCGGGCGGGUCUGGUGCCCAGUGACGGGCAGAGGAGAGUUACACCUGGAAGUCUCAGCAUUAUCAAGAACCUGGAGCGGCACGGUAUCUUGGACAUUUACCGACGGGCAGGAUUUGACAUCGGUGCACCGGGAUGCUCUUACUGCGUUGGAAUCAACGAUGUUGAUGUUGCGGGUGAAGGUGAAAUUUGGCUCUCCUCACAAAAUCGCAACUUUCGGAAUCGAAUGGGCAAAGGAGCCAUUGGUAGUAUCACCUGCGCCGCGGUCGUUGCGGCCUCGAGCUUCGACAUGGUAAUCACAGACCCACAGCCACUGCUGGGUCAAAUUGACAGAGCGAAAUUGGACAGGAUUCUGGGAAGAGAGGGAGUCUCAUUGAGUAUUGCCCCCGAGAUCAGCGAGCCUAACCCAGUACUUGCAUCAAAUAUCGCCUCCAUCGAUGCCAGUAGUAGCCUCCCCAUUCAGACUCCUGCACCGACUCUGGGUGUGGCGAAAAUCUCUAGUGGUGGAGUUAUUCGGUCGAAGGUCCAAAGAUUUGGUGAAAAUGUGGAUACUGACGCGAUCAUUCCGGCUGAGUUUGUACCUGGUAUUGACAAUGCAGAACUUGGAAGUCACUGUUUCGAGUAUGAUCGUCCAGAGUUCCGAAAACGAGCGACAGAGGGGUCAACGAUCAUUGUCGCAGAUCGUGGAUUUGGCAGUGGUUCGUCCCGCGAGGAUGCAGUCAGAUCGUUGCAAGGAGCAGGGAUAGAAGCAGUGAUUGCGCCUAGCUUCGCGUUUAUCUAUGACCGCAACCAACUCAAUAUGGGCCUGUUCAACAUCACCUUAUCGGAUCCCGAAUUCUACAUACUUGCAAAUGAGGGAUCUAUUGUCAUCAUUGAUCGACAGGCCCGAACAGUGCAGAUUGAAGGUACUGAUAAAGUGUUCCGCUACCAGCAGUCAGAGAUAGAGAAAACACUCCUCGAAGCUGGGGGUGUGCUUCCGCUGUAUAAUCGGUUUGGUACAUCCGUCUUCAGAAAGAUUGCCAGCGCAAAUACGGGACAGGCGAUGGGCAAGUCAACUGGCAAAAGUGCGCCGACGUCGAACAGAACUUUGGAUUGGUGA